CGGUGGGAUUGCCCUGUACAGUUACAGCUGCUGAUGCUUCCAUACAACAGCACAGCCGGCUAAGGGAGAUCACUGGCAGAAGGAUACUUGCAAGUGCUUCAGGGGGGCUCUUACAGAGAGUGGUAUACAUCCGGGGGGGAUGUAAUUCAGCAGCCCAACAUGAUUCCAAGUGUUCUAGGAUGCGACAAGAUAACACUGUAGCAAGGACUGGUAACAUUGUAGCAGGAUAACACAGUGGACCCCAUGCCUAGGAGGUUAAUAUAUACUGUAUAUAAGCUGCUUUCUGGAAGGAUCUUUGUUAUAAAUCACUGGUUCCCCUUGCUGUGAGCCUGACUGAAUGCUGAGAGAUGCUAGACAAUUGCUCCGGGCACUGUGCAAAGAAAUACCAUGGAAAAGUCAAGUAGCGAAGAUUCUUCCAUUCAUCGAAGUCCGUCUGUAGAUAGCAGAGACUCGGCUAAGCCGUCCACUUCGGCCAGGGACUUUGGGAGGGGGUUCACUGCCGGAGCAUUUUAUGGUACUGCUGGAUCCCGUAGCCAGAGCCAGGCCGGCGGCAAAAGGGACAAGUACUCUGCCCCCAAAGGUGGGAAGUAUGUGGUGUUUUACCUGGAUCUAUCGUUUGUUUUCCUUCUAGAGUUUAAGAAGUGCAACAUGGCGCGAGGCUGCCUCUGCUGCUUGAAAUACAUGAUGUUCCUCUUCAACUUGAUAUUUUGGCUGUGUGGCUGUGGAUUAUUAGGAGUGGGAAUAUGGCUGUCUGUUUCGCAAGGAAAUUUUGCAACGUUUUCUCCCAGCUUCCCUUCACUCUCAGCUGCUAACCUGGUCAUUGCCAUCGGAACAAUCGUAAUGGUGACUGGCUUUCUUGGCUGUUUAGGUGCUAUCAAGGAAAACAAGUGCCUCCUUUUAAGUUUUUUCAUCAUCCUGCUGAUUAUUCUUUUAGCAGAACUGAUCCUGCUGAUCCUGUUCUUUGUGUAUAUGGACAAGGUCAAUGAGAAUGCCAAGCAGGAUUUGAAAGACGGCUUAUUGCUCUACAAUACAGAAAAUAAUGUGGGGCUGAAGAACGCGUGGAACAUAAUUCAGGCAGAAAUGCACUGCUGCGGAGUUACAGAUUAUACUGAUUGGUAUCCAGUGUUGGGGGAAAACACAGUUCCCGAUCGAUGCUGUAUGGAAAAUUCCCAGGACUGUGGUCAUAAUUCCACCAGUUUAGUUUGGAAAACGGGUUGCUAUGAGAAAGUGAAAAUGUGGUUUGAUGAUAACAAGCAUGUUCUUGGCACCAUUGGGAUGUGCAUCCUCAUAAUCCAGAUACUUGGCAUGGCCUUCUCCAUGACACUCUUCCAGCAAAUACACAGGACUGGUAAAAAAUAUGAUGCCUAAAACUAUAUUAGGACAUUUGUAUCAACACACACCUUGCCAUAAAGAAGGACAAAAUGAAAAAAAAACAAGAAUUAGGCAAAAACCACCACCUCACUUUUUCUGCUUCGCUGUAACAUGACUGGAUUACAGUCUGAAAUUGUUCCUUGACUUAACGUUUUUUCGCAUACUGCAUUUUGCUAUUAAUUUGCCAAAGAAGAAUCUGCGUUCUACAUAGAUGCUCCCUAACAACUCUUCUCGGACUCAAAUGAAAGUGCUUCGCUUACUAAUAUACUUAAGACUCCUACCAAUACAGAACAGAUGAGCUUGUGCUUGCAGGACAUUUCUGGAAAGGUCUUUAAAAGAGGAAAAGUUGUGUUGGAACUGCUGAGAAUACACAGGAAGCCAAUGAGAAAGCAGAAGAGAAGCCAGUCUGCAUGGAAUCUAUGACAUUUUUGUACCUUAUAGAAACUGUUUUGUUACCAACUUAGACUAGAAUGAGUAUUUUCCUUUCUAUGUUUUUAAAGUUUUUUGUUUCGUUUUACGCACAUUUCCUUCAAUCCCACCCCCAAACUGUGUGAUUUUUAAAGGAUGGAAGGGGAUACAAAAAAAAAAAAACCACAAAGAUGAUAGAUCUUAGGAUGUAUAAUGCAAAGGGAGGAUAAAGAGCAAUUGAUAAACUAUUUUCACGUGAUUCUGCUCCCCAGCUGUGUUCUUUUACUACAGUAUUGUGUUUGCACAGAGAAACUAAUAUUAUUUUCAGGCAAUUGGAAGUAUACUAAAGAAAAUAUUAUAUUUUUCUUAUCUGUGAUUAGACUGGAACAAAUACAUAAAUUCAAAAUAGCUUCAAUUGUUCUACAUUUUCACGCAGCAAUGUAUUUAUAUUUUUUUAAAGGAAAUGUAUAUGCAACUGCUCAAGCACGGGGUACCCAAAAGUUGCUUGAUUACACUCCCAGCAUACUCCAGUUUAUUGUAAAAUUUGUAAAAAGUUGGGUGAUGUAGUCAUGUGACAUCAGGGAUGAAUUUCAAACCCUACACUUUAUGAUAAGACUUUUCCCCAACUCUUCAGGGCCUGGACCAUUCCUGGCCUGUGUAAACCCAGCACUAUAUCUUCCUUCUGGUGUUUAAUUACAGUGCAUGGUGAUCUUCCUAUGAUAGACAACAGCAGGAUGACAUAGUGCUAGACUGGAGGGUUCCUAGUUUGGAAAGCGGGGGAGUUCCAUAAGUAGAGUUUUAUGGAAGGUUUACAUUUUUAAAGGUAUUUAAGGCAAUGUGCACAGAUCUUCCAUUGAUGCUGGUUGCAUCAUAUAAUAUGGAGAAAAACGUAUUCUUAAAUCUGAAAUGCAAGUUAUAAAGUGUUUUAAGGGAGAGCGAAAUACUUGAUUUGAGUUUCUUGUGGGAUUAUUUCAACUAAAAGUAUGAUGUUUGCAAUCUAAAGUCUGCCUACUUACCAGAAACAAAAUGAGAUGAAUCCAUCUUGACCAUAGACUGGGUAUGUAUUUUGUAACAAAGGUUUUCACAGUAGGCCUUGCAAUAUGGGACUGGAAAUGAAGUAAUGUUGCACAGAGAGUCAUUUUGCUUGUUGAGUAGGUAAAGAGAAAUUUGUAAACAAGACCUAAGAUCUUGGGAAUGGAAAGUUUCUACUGUUGCUGCAGUUUUGGUCAUCUAAAGCCUUAUCACCUUCUUUCCUUAUAAUAUCCACCCUUGUAAUAAUGUGCUGUUUACCUUUUUAUUUACUUGUUGACUGAUUUCGCUACCAGCCAGCUCUAUCCAGUAGCUGAGUGUAAAGUGGCUUAUGGUUGCCACAUAUUUUGGGACUGCAAGUUCAUUUUAUGGGUGAAAAAACCCGUUGCAUUAAGGGAAACUAUAAUAUACAAACUGCCACUUGAUAUAAAGACAACAAGGAUGCCCAUCAAUUAUGAAAACAUGUUUUUUUUUUGGAUAGUGGCAACAUAUUUGUGAUAUAGUUUUUAUUUAGGGAUGUGAAAUGUUAACAGAGCAAUGAACAAACCUGUAUCUUUGCACAUAUUAUUCUUACAUACAUAAACCACAUACAGUAUAUUUUCUGGACAUUCCUUCUAGAAGCUUAAGCACAUACCUCUAGUUUCAAUGCUGCUCUUUUUUUUAUAGUGCCCACUGUUUAGUAUCCGACAAGGGCAUAUGUUACACGUAAUGAACAACAAAGCAAAGGGAAACAGGUAAUGCAUGGUAUUGAGGAUUUCAUUAUAUUGACUUGGCAGCCAUACCAACAUUACAUUCAGUAAUAAAUUGUAAGAACCCUGAAAACUUGGUGGCAUUACAUUAUUUGAGAAUUAGUAAUGGGAAGCUACAGUAUUGGUACUAUAUGUUCCUUCUACCAUCUUCAGCAACUGUCAAGAGUGAGAUUUCACUUGUAUUGGCUCAAAACCCUUCUCACCUACAAGUCCUCCCAAGUAAAUCCUUCCAAUAGUUAACAUUUAUUUGUUAGAGAAAUCACUUAAGACCUUUAUACUUAGAACAACAGGCCCCCAAAAUGGUUGGGUUUCAGUGUGUCUGCUAAAUCAGAUAAUAGAUUAGAACUAGCUAGACAUCAGGUUGUUUUUAAAGGCUGCUAACCAUCACAGUCUCAAGUACAAUAUGAGAUCCAGUAGAUUCCUGGGAGAAUGUACAAAGAGGCAUUAUGAAACAAUUAGCAAACUUGGUAUUCUGCUGUUAUUGGGCAUUUGCAUUUUGCUGCAAAUCUGUGGCUCAUCCAUGAUUUAAUCCAUAAAUUUGUUUAUAAACUGGUCAACUGGUUAAGUCAGAAAAUUAGAAGUCCAUAUGAAUUGGCUUCUCUGUUGAUUGUAAGGGUUUCUUAAAACCUAUGCUAUAAUAGAGGACCCUUACCAGGAUUUGGAAAGAUAACCUAGGCAUUUCCGGUUUGAAAAAUAUAAUUAGAUUUAAACUUGGCCUGUGUUUUUUUUUUUUUAUUGGAUGGGUUUAUUUUUGUGCGUGUAUGUUUGUUUUCUUUAACAAUUGUAUACGUUAUUCUAGCAUUCCUAUGUAUUAUGUUCUGGAAAAAGCAAGAUGGGCUAAAAUGGUUUAUCACUCAAUCCCAUGCAUUGUUUGGUAGACAAUUUGUUAUUUGAAUUAUUUUAUAGACAUUAUGAGUGCUCGCUUAUUGCUGUCUCUCUCUACAUCUUGGAGGCUACCAUUAGUUAUGUUAAUAAAUAAAAUAUUAAAAUAUAUCAAUAUAUUCCACAGAAAUUUAAAGAAGAGUGUUUGUAUGGGAUAAGAUCUAUGAAUUAAAGGAAGGGGGGUGUAUGUUUUAGAUGGCUUUGUAAGCUAUGCUAAAAUUUACCUUGCUGCUGUUGUAAUAUUCACGGAUUGAUAUGUUGAAGGUUCUAGAGCUACACCAUAUCUAAAAGCACAAUCUAUCUAUCUAUCAUCUAUCUAUAAUAUGGAUUUACAUGUUUUGCAGAUAGUGAGAAUGAUUUUCCAAAUAUAACACACUGUGCAGUGCUUUUGAAGUACUUUCUAUUAAAGCAUUCCUUUGGCACUUUUUGAAGGUCUUUGGCAGACCAAGUUCGUUUCCUGCCUAGCUUAAGAUUAUGCUGUUCACCUGUGAUUAUCCCCAUUAAUAGAUAGCCCAGGCAAUAUUAUUGUCUUAUCUCAUGGGCCGAAUGAGAAAACCUUAUGGGAAGAAGGCAGGAAUGUUAUUUCCAGCGUAGGCAAUGGCCUUCCAAAUAACAGAAGGCAUCAACUCAUAGUUAAUGAUCAAAAAAUGUGGAUAGCAUUGUUCCUCAGCUGGUUAAUUUUUAUUGUGUUGGAAAGUAAACAUUGUGAUCACAGCAUUAUCUUGACAUAGCAUACAUCUAUAAUUGUAAAGAGCAUGGAUUUACCUUCAACAAUUCACUAUUAAACUGAGUUCUUGGAAUCCAUUAUUGAUUCAAACAGAGCUUCAAACUGGCUUACUAAUUAUUUGGGUAGAUUAUGCUCAGGUGACUUAUCCAUCUAUGUUGAGAUAAAUGGCUCACUGCAAAAUACCACACCAUGCCAAGAUUUUAUUUUAAAUUAAAAGAAGUGUUUGCUUCAAGAACAAGACUCCAUAUAAGAUAUCGGUUUCUAGAUAUCACAUUGGGAAGUGCAAAACUGCUAGAAAAAAUGCAUAUAUCUUAAUUUCAGUCAAAACUAUGAAACAUUUUCAUAUAUAUCCGUGACUACUGCAAAAAGCAAGAGUAAGUAAGUUGUGUUUAUGUAAAAGUAAAAAAUCAAACUGCAUAUAUCAGCCUUACUAUAUGCUAUAUUUGUACAUGAUUUGCAUGUAUUUAUAUAAAUUGUGCUAUUUUUAGCAAAUUUAUGCAUAUAGUAUCAUGGUUUACUGUGAUCGCUCAGCGAUGUGUAUGCAUUACAGGGUUUUAACACUGUAGCUCAACCAUGGUUACUUCAUUGUAUGGUGGGUUUAGAACAAAAUGGACUCAAUUUUUCUGAUGAUCAUACCCUUCUUGAAUUUGAAUUUAGUUUAUAUCUUUAAACAUUGGAAAUACCAGUUUACGUAGAAUUGGGACCACACGUGUCGGAGUUUGCAUUUCAUUUCUACAAGUGAAAAUAAGAAUUCUGAAAAUAAGCAUAUUUGCUGCUAUAAAAAAAAAAAGUUCCAACAGUUAAUUCUGGAAACCUGCUUUGAGAGAAUUUUUCUUCUCUAAAUGUACAGAUUUGGAAAUCGACAUUGAAUCUGCUCACACAUAGGGGCAGAUUUAUCAAAAUUCAAUUUGAGAUUUGAGUUUUUGUAGCAAAAAAAGGGCAAAUUCAAAUUUGCAAAACUUGAAUUUUCAAUGUUAAACUAGAAGAACUCAAAACUCGAUAAAAAAAAAAUCAGCAACUAAAAGCUGGCGAGUUUAUGUAGAAGUCAAUGGGAGUUGCAUUUUUCUAUUAGCGUUUUUUUGUGAUUAAUUUAAAACUGUGGUUGAGUUGUUUUGUUUUUUUGAAAUUUUUAAGCAAUUGAUUUCUGCUUUUUCAAGUUGUUAAAAAUAGAAAAAUACAUGAAAAUUUGAAUUUUGAUAAAUCUGCCAGAUACAAUAUAGUGAAUAUUCCUAUGUAUUGAGCUUGGUGCUGGUAUACAGAUCUGACUAUUGCUGUUGUAUCUCAUAAUUCUCGCUCACACAACUUUGUAACUAUUGUUGUGGAUGGAGUCUUGUUUUUGAAUGGUUAGAACUGGUGUUUCAAGAGAGUGGGCUUCAUGCUCUAUUCUCUCUUAAGGAGCCAACCAUUCCUAUCUGUUAUAUUUGCAGUAGUGUUUCUCCACACCUGCACUACAAGUAAAUGUAAUAAAAGUAACAUAUUUUUCACCAGUUCUUGUAACCAAUCAGUAAGUAGCAUUUUUUGGAAACAUCUAAUUGGUUGCUACAGGUAGCAAGAUCAUUGCCGCUUGUAUUACAUUACCACCAUGCCUGCUAAUUAUUCCAUAUCUGGUAGAGUCUUUUGCAUGUCAGCUAAAGAGACAAAAGGCAGUUUAAUUUGUUUUUCCUCUUUAACGUUCAUCCUUUUUAAAGUUCACACAGAAGAGUAGAUGAAUCUUAAAAUUACAUUGUGGUUGGUUUUUGUAAAGAUACAUAUUUAUGUAGGAAAAAAUGUGGAAAAAAUACAAUGUACCACGCAAUACAAUGCAAUGUACAAUGACAAUUUUAGUUUGAAUUUUUUUCUAGAAUGGUUUGCAGAAUAUUUUUUUUUCCGUCUAUUAUUGUACAGUCUUUAAAAGAAAUCUGCCAUUUUAUUAACUAGUAUUUUUGAAAAUAAGAAACAAUUAACAGUAAGUGGUUUGCAAAAUACUACAUUUUUUAUCAUAUAGGUCACAAAAACCAACCAUAAAUCUAUAAAACACAUAAAAAAAAACCAGUAAAAAUGUAAAAUGGUAAUAAAAUGUAGUUAAUGUUUUAGUUUAUUUGUUAGAAAAUAUUUUAAUCAAAAUUGCACCUUUUUUCUUUUUUAUGGUGGGUUUGGUUGUCUGUGCUAUUUUUUCCCAGAAUCUGCUUUUUUCAUUUAAAAUUACCGAUUUUUCUUUUCUAGUAUGUUUUUAAGCAGAUCAGUGUAUUUUUAGAGCACACCAUGUUCUUAUUUUUUGUAUUUAUAUUUCAAUAAGAUCUACUUUCUGUUAGAUACUUAAGGUUUAUUUUUUUUUAUGUUACUAAAUAUUUCAUUGUGCUAUCUGCACUUUCACAUUUAGAAAUUUCAGUAUAUUAGUAGAAUAAUUUAUGUAGCAUUCAAUGCAUUAGCUGAUGAAAACAUCCAUAGUAAAAAGAGAUUUAUAAUGGAAAAAUGUACCAUAGAGCAAUAUCAUAAAAUAUUAACUCCACAUGAUACGCCUGAUAUCGAAUAGGGGAAUUAUACACCUUUGUUUAACAUACAUCAGAUAAAUAGGAAUUAAAAAUGUAUUUUUGACCACAAUUACAAUGCACAUGGAGAACGAACAAUGUUUAUAUUUAAUUCCUGCCAUACAAAUACAUAUUUUAAUACAAUAAGCAUGACAAAAUAUAAGAAUCAUUUUAUACAGUAGGUGUAUCUUGCCCCUUUAAAAUAUACAUUUUUAUUUGAUUUAUUGUAUAUUCUAUUCUGUUUGUUUUUGUUGUAUUAAACAUUUAUAUUGCU